AUGAUUAUUGCUAUACGUCAGUUUGAUCUUGAUCGCGGUCAGGAAGUGAACAUGCGGGUUGGAAUCCACACUGGCAAGGUGAUGUGUGGCAUGGUUGGAACGAAAAGAUUCAAAUUCGACGUAUUUUCAAAUGAUGUAACAUUUGCAAAUGAAAUGGAAUCAACUGGUAUUGCCGGCCGUGUACAUAUCUCAGAGGCAACUGCAAAAUUUCUCGACAACGAAUACAUUCUCGAAGAAGGCAAUCCACAUAAAGGUUCGAGAGUGUUUUUCAUUUGUUAG